AUGGGCGUCGCCGACAGCCCAAGGGCUGGAGUCGCCGGGUUGACGACGGCAUUUCUGUUGUCCAAGAACACGCGGUAUAGCAUCGUCGUCGUCGCGAAGCACAUGCCCGGCGAUUACGACAUCGAGUACGCUUCACCAUGGGCUGGAGCUAAUUACAUGCCCGUUUCCCUCCGGGGCACCGCCGCCGCCGACUGGGAUAGGAACACCUGGGGUCCCCUACAGCAUCUUGCGCAGCACCACCCCGAAGCCGGCGUGCACUUUCAAGAGUGUGAGAUUCACAGCCGGUCCAAGGAUGCCGGCUCGACGACGGCCGACUGGUUCGCGGAACUCGUGUCCCCAAAUCCGUGGUUCAAGGACCUUGUUCCCAACUUCCGGCCUCUUCCCAAGGAACAACUCGGCCCCGACGUCGACUUUGCCAACGUCUUCACCUCAGUCUGCAUCAACACCGCCAUCUACCUGCCGUGGCUCGUGUCGCGAUGCCUCGAGAACGGUGUCGUAUUCAAGCGGGUCGUCCUCGAUCACAUCGCCGGCGCCGCUGCACCCGGAAUUCACCCGGCGAGCAGAGUGGAUCUCGUCGUCAACUGCACCGGCCUCAUGGCGUCAACCCUCGGCGGCGUUGAGGACAAGACGGUCGUGCCGGCCCGAGGCCAGAUAGUCCUCGUCCGAAACGAAGCCGGCAAGAUGAUGGACAUCUCCGGCACCGACGACGGUGACGAAGAGGCCUGCUACAUCAUGACGAGGGCCGCCGGCGGAGGCACCAUCCUCGGCGGUUCGUACCAGAAGGGGAACUGGGAGUCGCAGGUCGACCCAAACCUGGCCGUCCGGAUCAUGAAGCGGGCCGUCGAGCUGUGCCCGCAGCUGACAGACGGACGGGGGAUCGAGCACCUCGACGUCGUGAGGCACGGCGUCGGCUUGCGACCCGUUCGAGAGGGUGGCGCUCGAGUCGAGGCGGACCGCAUCGAGGGCGUCCCGGUCGUGCACAACUACGGUCACGGCGGAGCCGGAUACCAAUCCUCCUACGGCUGCGCCCAGCAUGCCGCCCGCCUCGUCGAUGAAGCUCUGGGGACCCGCGCCAAGCUCUAG